AUGUCGAACCCAGAAACCCCCAUUACCCCCACAGACUCCCAGGGCGAUAAUCCCCUGCGUCAGGAGUCCACGCUUCCAUCUUCUCCGAACUCGUCGAAUACUGUUGAUCAGGAUACCAAGGUGUCGCCUGAGGAUUUAAAAGAGAAAGAGAAAGCUAUGAUGGAAGAUCCAGAGAACAUGGAUGCUAAGGCCAAGGCGCUGAUGCAUUUGCUGAACACGAGUGAAGUCUUCGUGGCUAUCAUGGCGGACAAGAUGAAGAAACAGCAGGAGGAAGCGAAACUAGAAGCGGCCAGACAACAGCAACAGAAGCCAACCGAGGUGAAAAAGAAACACGAUACGGCUGAUAAACGUGAAACAAGAUCGAGUGCAAGAACCCAGCCGGAGCAACCCACAUCAGUCGGCAGUACGAAGUCAGUAAAGUCCAAGAGAGGCCGUCCCAAGAAAUCGACCGCCCCUGGGAAUUCCAUUUCGAGUUACUUCCAAAAGGCAGAUGUGGAGGUUGCCGAUGAUAAGCCUACGGUUCAGGAGGCUUUGGAGCAUGCCGCGGAUGAGUUUGAAGCUAACCCCACUGCACUUGGUGAGCAGGAGCUUGUUGCUACGCAGCAGCCUGGCCUGGUGACUGGCGGAAAGAUGAGAAAGUACCAGUUGGAGGGGCUGGAGUGGCUCAAGUCCCUUUGGAUGAAUGGCCUGUGUGGAAUUCUGGCAGAUGAGAUGGGACUUGGAAAAACUGUACAAGCCAUCUCGAUGAUUGCUUUUUUCAAGGAGAAGAAUAUCCCCGGGCCCUUUUUGAUCGCGGCGCCAUUGAGCACAGUGAGCAACUGGGUAGACGAGUUCCGGAGAUGGACGCCCGAUAUCGAGACCGUUCUGUAUCAUGGAAACAAGAACGAUCGUGCAGCCAUCAGAAAGAAUUUCAUGAAGCAGCAGAAUCAGAGGGAUAUGGACUUCCCGGUCGUUUGUACCUCUUAUGAGAUUUGUAUGAACGACCGAAAGUUCCUUUCGCAGUACCAGUGGAAAUAUAUUGUCGUGGACGAAGGACACCGUCUGAAGAAUAUGAAUUGCCGACUUAUCAAAGAGCUGCUCAACUACAACUCGGCAAACCGACUUCUCAUCACCGGCACUCCUUUGCAGAAUAACAUUACAGAACUGUGGUCUUUGUUGCAUUUCCUCCUCCCGGAAAUAUUCAAUGACCUCAGCAGCUUUCAGAAUUGGUUUGAUUUCUCCGAGGUUCUGGAUAACAAUGGCCAAGCGGAAUUUGUCGAGCGCCGAAAGCGCAGUCUGGUCUCUACUAUGCACUCAAUCCUGAAACCGUUCCUCCUACGGCGAGUCAAGACCGACGUCGAGGACACACUGCCCAAGAAACGAGAGUAUAUCCUCUAUGCACCCCUCACUGGAGAGCAGAAAGACCUCUACCGUGAAAUUCUCAACGGCACUGGUCGUCAGUACCUCGAAGGCAAGGCUUGCGAAAGACUCAUGGCCAAGAAUGGAAAGACAACACGGUCAGAAAGCCUAAAGCGCAGCGCUGAUAGCAGUGAACUGUCAACUCCAAACAAGAGUCUCAAGUCAAGUCGUUCUUCUACUCCUGCCACUGGCACCGGGUCCACUCGCAGACGAAAGACUCAGAAUUACAAGGAACUCAGUGACCGCGAGUUUAAUUCCAAGCUGCGUGACCUCGAGCUGGGUGUUGAAGAGGAGGAGGAAAGCGAAGGACCUGGUGAAACAGAACAGGAGGAAAUCGAAAAAGCACAAACAAUCAAGCUUGCUAAAAAAGAAAUAUCUCAAAAGAAACUACAAAACCCUGUGAUGCAGGCCCGUUUGGCUUGCAACUCCCCGCAUAACUUUUAUUGGCCGUGGGGUGACGAUCCAAAUGCGAUCGACGAAACCCUGGUCACUGCUUCUGGCAAGAUGCUUCUACUGGAUCGACUGGUCUCUUGCCUCCUGAAAAAGGGACAUAAGAUCCUUAUCUUCUCCCAGUUCAAAACUCAACUAGACAUCCUCCAAGACUGGGCCACACUGCUCCGAUCCUGGCACUGCUGCCGAAUCGACGGCGCAAUCAGCCAGACCGAUCGGCAAGCUCAGAUCAAGGCGUUCAACACUGACCCCAAGCACAAGCUGUUCUUGCUGAGUACCCGCGCAGGCGGGCAGGGCAUCAACCUCGUUGCCGCCGACACGGUCAUCCUGUACGAUUCAGACUGGAACCCGCAGCAAGAUUUACAGGCCCAGGACCGCGCUCAUCGCAUUGGACAGACGAAGCCAGUCAUCGUGUACCGUCUCGCGACCAAGGGUACCGUGGAGCAAACACUCUUGGAGAAAGCCGAUUCGAAGCGUCGUCUUGAAAGACUGGUCAUCCAGAAGGGCAAGUUCAAGAGUCUUCUCGACUCAGGUUCCAGCAUGAACCAGAACGACGUCGAUGACCUUAAGAAGGCGCUUGGUGAAGAUGACUUUGAACGCUUUGAAACAGGCGCCGACCCCAGUGCUCUUCUAUCGCAGAAGGAUCUGGACAUCCUGACUGACCGCAGUGAGGAGGCGUAUGUUCGUGCUGAGAAGGGUCUAGACCAGACCGGACGGGCAUUCAAGGCUGUAGAGACCAAGCGUGAAGGAAAUGGCAUCAUGGCUGAGAUCAGUGGAAACUGA